AUGAAAUUGGAACAGUAUUUUGUGAUGUUAAGUAGCGUUUUUGUAGUAGGCCAGGCGAUAAAGUGCUUCCAGUGCAACUCCGGCGAAGUCCCUGAAUGCAUGGACCUAAGCUCUAAUGAUACAGAUAGUCCUUUCUACAAAGAAUGUCAAGGAAACUACGAGGGAAAUAAACCUUUCUGUAGGAAAAUUUUCAGUACAAUUCUCUAUGCAGAAACCGCGAAGGUCGUACGUACUUGCGGCUGGAUCAAAGAAGUAAAUGAAACGAUAGAUUUCUGCAAGAAAGCUGAUACGGAUUUCAUCACCCAGAUGAGCUGCUUGUGUUUUAGCGACGGAUGUAAUUCCUCGUAUCAUAUAACUCCUUCAAGUCUACUCAUCGUCACUGCUUUAUUGAUACGCUUUUAUAUAUUUAAGUGAUAUUCACUUAUUCACAGCCAAAGCUUUAACAUGUACGCCAAAAAUAUUUCAUCAGUAAUUAGGUUUAAAAGAAAAUGUAUUGUUUGUGUCAAGGUAAAACCGAGUUGAAAUCCUGCCAAUAACAUAACGUCCAGAAGCAGAGUACUGAUACCAAGGGAAGACGGUGUGUCAAGGUGAAUAAAUAAGAGAGAGAUAAGAGAUGUAACCCAAAAGAUGGCGUCCAGAGAUAAUGAGAUGUUGCCAGGCAGAUAUUCAUUUUUGAGGAAUUCAUUAUUUAUCGCGAACGCAUUUUUCGUUAAAAAUUACUUUUGCUUUAACAUGUAUUCAUGGUGAAGACACUGGUUUGCAGUAUAUUUUUUCAUUCAACAAAGUUUUGAAUCACAUUUUUCGCGGGUGCUCUCCGCGGUUAUGUAAACAGGAGUUAUUCUCAAGACCCAAUUAACUCUUAGGUCAUUACACGGAAUAUUACAAGACUUAGUUUAGUAAAAAGGAGGAACGUCAGCUUGAAAUUCAAAUUUUUUCUAACCUCCAAUUGCUUGUUAGACCAAUCGUGGAUGAAUUUAAUAUGGUUGCCAGUUAUCUAGACAGCCUACUUAUUUCGUAUGACUUUCUGACGUUACCAGCAAAAAACCGAGAAAAGAAUUAAACUCCAUUCAUCUCAGUAUAAAUGUAGCGUUUUGUGAACAUGUUAUGUCACUUUGGCAACACCGCUUGGGUACAUGAGCGAAUCGCGCGGAGGGUCUAGACAUCUAUGAGCGAAUCGCCAGUUUUUUUGUACACCCGUAAUAGUCCAAGAGCCGACCAGUUGGUUACAUCGCGUACUGAUAUUAUGUUAAAAACUAGUCAAAUCUCACGUAUUUUGAUUUUAAACAGCAAACUCGGCAACUUUGCUGCUAAGAAUCAAAAUAAGUAAAUUUUGACCAAUUUUUGUUGUAUCAUAUCGGUACGCGAUGCUAUAACCAAAAAUUUGCAGUCGGCUCCCCUACUAUAAUGCAGAAGAGACCUAAAGUCAAUUGAGCCCACCGUGGGAGUAUAAGGUCAUGCUACCAUGUUCUCUUGGUAUAACUCUUUUUCAGACGUAUACAAAUGAAUAUGUGAUGAUUCUUUUUGAGAUGUAUUGAGUGUUUAUUGAGUACAGUAAAAAUAUUUUGAGUGAACCAGAAGAGCCUCUUAAAAAGAACGAAUAUAAGCGUUAAUGUUUAGUACUUAUUUAAACCUUGAAAGAUGAUAUGGUUUUCAUAUUUUCCCCGAUUUCUUUAAUAUACUUUUUAUUUUAUAGUUUUGUUAAGGUAAUUACGAAUGUCUCUCUGUGACGUAUGCAUUUUAUUAUGUUAUAUGGAUGUGAAUCUGUUAGAGGUACUGGAAGAUGGUGAUAUAUAAUGUAUUAUAAUACAGUGAUGUACAGGUUGUGUUUAAUUUUAUUUGAUCAUCACAGAAAUACGGUGUACCUCAAGGUUCCAUAUCGG